AUGCCGGUACUGGGCGACUCCACAAUAGCCUGUCGCAAGAUCGAACCACGCCUCCGCAAAGCAAUCUCCGUCCCCAGCGUCACAUCCCUAGUAAAAGACUCCUGGACCUGGGCCGGUGAUACCAUUCACACCUACCGCGAUGGCCUAACCAAAGACGAGCGCCACGCAAAGGCCGAGAUCCAAGACCGCAAACAAGUCCUGUAUCUCCGCAUCAAAAACGCCGUGUCGUACGACGAAUGGCGCAGUUGUGCAUCCGAACUUGACGAGCUAGAAGAUAACAAUGCCUGGAAGCGCACGGUCGAUUGCACCGAGUAUGAUCCGGGCUUGGUGCAGGAUCGGCUGAAGCAGCUGGACGAGGCGCGCAUUAGUUGCGAUGUUAGUCGCAUGCUGUUCCUUGUUCGGACGGCCUUGAGUCGUGACCUUGCGCAGAUGAGCAAUGCGUCGCUGUAUCGGCAUUCGCAUAUCGGUACCAAGGAUCUAAUCGAUCGGUAUAAUACUGCGGCGUUGGAGACGAUUGCUACGCUUGUGGACCUCUCGGUCCACGACCGCUGCGAUGGGUUGGAGUUGAAGUAUAUUCUUGACCAGUUGCUCGCGGCUAGACAGGCUUUUGGACGCAGUGCACUGUUGUUCUCUGGUGGUGCAACUUUUGGAAUGACCCAUAUUGGGGUCUUAAAGGCUCUUUAUGAGGCGAAAAUGAUCCCGAGGAUAAUUUCUGGUGCAUCUGCUGGUGCUAUCGUUUGUGCGGUGUUUUGUACACGGACGGAUGAAGAGCUUCCCGCGCUCUUGGACACCUAUGUCCAUGGCGACUUUGCUGUUUUUAACGAGAAGGGCAUGGAGGAGAACAUCUUGCAAAAGAUGACCCGCUUUUUGAAGUUUGGGUCUUUCCUGGAUAUUUCGCAUUUGGCGAAUACCAUCAGAAAUUGGCUGGGAGACAUGACCUUCCAGGAAGCCUAUAACCGCACGCGCAGGAUAUUGAAUAUCUGCGUUUCUAGUGCUGGUAUGUAUGAGCUUCCACGGUUGCUAAAUUAUAUCUCUGCGCCCAAUGUUUUAAUCUGGUCUGCUGUUGCCGUCUCGUGUUCUGUGCCAUUCGUGUUUAGACCUUAUACGUUAAUGGCCAAGGAUCCAUUGACAGGUGAAGCCGUCCCUUGGAACGACCUCCACAAACAGUAUAUCGAUGGUUCUGUCGAUGGUGAUCUGCCAAUGACAAGGUUGUCAGAAAUGUUCAACGUCAACCAUUUCAUCGUAUCGCAGGUAAAUCCUCACGUGGUACCAUUCCUCCCAAAAGAGACGGGCCCGCAGAAUCAGGCAGAAUCAGGCACGGCUUUUAUUCCACGAUGGAUGAGCACCAUGACACACCUUGCCAAAGACGAGGUCCUGCAUCGAAUGAAUGUCCUGUCAGAACUUGGAGUCUUCCCAACAUCGAUGACCAAGUUUGCCUCGAUCGUGAACCAGAAGUACCACGGUGAUAUAAACAUAUACCCAGAAUUGAUUUCCUCCAACUUCCCUCGACUCCUUGAGAACCCGACAAAAGAGUUCAUGCUAUCAGCAUGUUUAAGCGGCGAGCGCGCAACCUGGCCGAGAUUAAGCCGGAUCCGAAACCACUGCGCCAUCGAGCUGGCCCUCGAUAGUGCUAUCCAACAGAUGCGGGCCCGGGUAGCGUUCAGUCCGAGCCAGGUUGAUUUACGCAUGCCAAACUCGAUACGGCAUUCCGUCGACUCAGGAGAUUGCGGACGAGGCCGCUAUCGCCGACGAAGAGGAUCCGGCAGCCACGAGCUAGAAAACCGACGCUCGACUGGGAAUCCCAAUAAACCAGCCCAUGAGCUCAGAAAAGCCCGUAGCACCGUCUCCCUCGAGAACCCACCUGAUACAAUCCCAUGUAAAUCGCAAAGACGCACCUCCUCAGUCACAUUCACCAACUCAAUCUUCGACAUCGACUCGAGCAGCGAAGACGACCUCGACUGUUCAUACACCCUCCGCCCCCGACUCGCCGGUCGAACAUCCUCAGACCUAUCCAGUGGAGCAUACCACGCACCUCGUAGCCCCGUUCGAUCCCGUCGAUCCUCAUUCUCCUCGGGACUGACCCACAAUUCUACGCGCUCGAAGCAGUCUUAUCCACACGAUAUGGCUAUUCCACCAUCUUCCCGUCAUAUACUCAGUAUGACUCCGACGGUGCCGAGCUCGCCUGAUUCUUUGCGGAAACUACGCCACUGA